AUGUCUUCCAUUACUAGAGCCGUCACCUCACGGCUCAGCGAGUUCACCAAUGGAAGACAACGUCUCACAUCAGAAAAACAAUCCGUCACACCUGGCCAAUUCAACUACAUCAUUCCUCCAGAGAUUAUUUGGGAGGACUACCAGGCUCAAAAACAGGAACCACUAAAAGUUGACGUCGGAUCUGAGACCAAGAUCGAGAUUCCGGAAAAAAAGACAAGCCCAAGCAUCUUUUCACAAAAGAUGAGCGCCGUCGUUCGCAAGUUAUCGCCAUUCAGUGACGAUAGUUCGUCGUCAUCAUCAAAGGAAAAAGACAAUGGAUCAACUGGUGUGGCUGGAGAAGAAGAGAAGUCGGCAAAAAAGAGUGGCGGGCGAUUCAAAGAAACGAAACAAAAAAUGGAACGAUUCAAGAAACUUCGUCGGUCCAAAGAUCGUCAACAACUCAUCGAAUCCAGUGACGAUGAAUGUUGA